AUUUCUGGGGUAAUUCGUGCUAUUUUUAAUCGCAUUCAUUUUUUACAAUUUAAAUUAAUUUGCUCUUUCAAUGGUUUUAUAUGACUACUGUUUGACGUUUGAUUUUUAAAAUCCUUCCCAAGCUCUUCGGGACAGUUCAACCAUGUUAAUGUUUGGUUUCUAAAGUUUGUUGGGUCCCUUUGACUCCAAUUAUUAUUGGCUUGGCUGCCAAAUUUUCAGGUAUAAAAAAAAAAAGUGUAUUUAUUGCUAGAAGCUAACGACCCAUACUUUCACCUUGUUUAGUUUAUUUUAGAGAUACAGUGUGGAAACGGGCCCUUUGGUCUACCGGGUCCGUGCCGACCAGUGAUCCCCGCAUAUUAACACUAUCCUACACACGAGGGACAAUUUUUACAUUUAACAAGCCAAAUAACCUACGAACCUGUAUGUUUUUGAAGUGUGGGAGGAAACCGAAGUUCUCGGAGAAAACAGACGCAGGUCACGGGGAGAACGUGCAAUCUCCGUGCAGACAGCACCCGUAGUCUGGAUCGGGCCGGGUUCCUGACGCUGUAAGCGCUGUAAGGCAGCAACUCUACCGCUGCGCCACUGCGUCUGUUGACCAGCUCCAGUGAGACUCUUCAAUGAAUUUAAUGUCUUCAAACUGAACACUAGUCCUAAAUCUAGAUUUCUAGUACAAGGAGAUGAAAGAAAACAGAGGACAUUGAAUUUAAUAAAAUUUUCCUGUAUAUCACUUGGGAGAUCGGAUUGUAACUUAAUGCAUUUGACAGCAUUUUGAGAAUGGGUUUGGUCCGUACAUCUACGUUUGUUUUGUGUUGCUCACUCUAGACAUGGAUACCUGUGCUUUUGAUGAAAUCCACUGUGGCCCAAGGUCAUUUAGUUGUAUUCCAGUCUCUUGGAAGUGUGAUGGAGAGAAGGACUGUGAAAGUGGAUAUGAUGAAGAGGACUGUGGCAAUCUUUCUUGCGGUACAGAUGAGUUUACUUGCUCCAUUGGCAGAUGCAUUUCUGUGGCCUUUGUAUGUAAUGGUGAAGAUGAAUGUGGCGAUGGCAGUGAUGAACAGGAUUGUCCUACGCAUUCCUGUGCUCCACAUGAGUUUCGUUGCACAAAUUCUGAAUGUAUCCCUUCCAGUUUGGUAUGUGACAGCCGUGUAGAUUGCACUGAUGAAUCUGAUGAAUCGUGGGCGCAGUGUAAGAAUAUUCUUGCUCCUGCAACCUGCUCUCCUGAUGACUUCCUUUGUGGUUCUGGUGAAUGCAUCCACCAUCGCUGGUACUGUGAUGGUGAUACGGACUGUAACGAUGGAAGUGAUGAAGUCAACUGCUCUUCUCUGACAUGCCGACCAGAUUACUUUCAAUGUGGUGAUGGCAGAUGCAUUUCACAAAGCAAGGCAUGUGAUGGGUUUAAGGAUUGCUCUGAUGGUAAUGAUGAGCUGAAUUGCAAGAAUGAAUGCACAGGUCCCAAUGACUUUAAAUGUCAAAGUGGAGAAUGCAUAGAUCAAAUCAAACUCUGUAAUCGGCAUGCAGAUUGCAAGGACUGGAGUGAUGAGCCUCUCCAGUUAUGCCACUUAAAUGAAUGCUUGGAAAACAAUGGUGGUUGUUCCCACAUUUGCAGAGAUUUUGUCAUAGGUUAUGAAUGUGAUUGCUCUUCUGGCUUUGAGCUGAUUGACGGAAAAAUCUGUGAAGAUAUUAAUGAGUGUGAAAAUCCUGGCAUCUGCAGUCAAAUUUGUAUUAAUUUGAAAGGAAGCUACAAAUGCGGAUGUUUUGCAGGAUAUCACUUGGAUUCUAUUAAUCAAGUCUGCAAGGCAGUAGGAGGCAAGUAUUGCAAGGAACCUUCCUUGAUCUUCACAAAUCGCUAUGACAUCCGGAAGCUAGGAUUGCAUAACCAGGAGUACACACAGGUUGCUACACAUCUGAGAAAUGCUGUAGCACUGGAUGCUGAUAUUGCAGAGGGGAGAAUCUUCUUGGCUGACGUGGGUCAGCGGGCUAUCUUCAGUUUGUCCAUGCAUGAGGGAAAAACUGCAAGUGCUUCAAGAAUUCUUGAUGUUGACAUUCCAAGGGGCAUUGCGGUGGACUGGAUCUAUAAGCACAUUUACUGGACUGACCAUGGUGCUAAAACUAUAUCUGUGGCCUCAUUUGAUGGCGUUCAAAAGAAGAUACUCUUUAACACAAGCCUAGGAGAACCAACGUCUGUGGCAGUUGAUCCACUGUCGGGGUUUAUUUACUGGUCAGAUCUUGGAGAACCACCGAAGAUAGAAAAAGCUGGCAUGAAUGGCAUUAAUAGGCAGCCUUUGGUUACCACAGAGAUCGAAUCACCAAAUGAUAUUGCACUUGAUCUUGUGAAAAGCUGUCUCUAUUGGGUUGACUCAAAACUGCACGUACUGGCAAGUAUUGACUUGGAUGGACAAAACAGAAGAACGGUGCUCUUCUCCUUUGAAUUGCUUGGUCAUCCUUGUGCUGUUGCAGUAUUUGAGGAUCGUGUAUUCUGGGUUGAUGUAGUAAAUGCAGCCAUUUAUGGAGUUGACAAAUAUACUGGAGGAGAUGUGGUGACUCUAGUUUCCAACCUUUAUCAGCCUCAAGAUGUCAUUGUUUAUCACCCAUUAAUGCAGCCAACUGGCAAAAAUUGGUGCAAUGAGGAACUGGAGAAUGGAGGUUGUAUAUACCUGUGCCUCCCUUCUCCACAGAUUGAUCAGCUCCCAAAAUACACCUGCGUCUGUCCAUCUGGAAUGGAUGUGGAAAAUGAAAGCCAAUGUAAAGCAGCAAAUAUUACCUGUCAUGAGACUGAUUUUCACUGUAAUGAUGGGCAGUGUGUACCUAGUAAAUGGCAGUGUAAUGGCAAUUCUGACUGUGACGAUGGAUCAGACGAGGCCCCAGAAAUCUGUCAUUUGAAAACCUGCCGGAUGGAUGAAAUCAGUUGUGGCAAUGACUCCCUUCAGUGUAUUCCUGUUGAUUGGAAAUGUGAUGGUGAAAGAGACUGCAGUUCAGGCAGAGAUGAAGAGAACUGUGGCCACCUUGCAUGCAGUCGGGAAGAAUUUACCUGCUCCAGUGGAAAAUGUGUUUCCAUCCUAUUUGUCUGCAAUGGUGAAGAUGAUUGUGGUGAUGGAAGUGAUGAAAGAGACUGUGUUCCAUCUCGUUGUGGCCCACAUGAGUUUCAGUGCAAUAGUUCUGAAUGUAUUCCCUCGGGUUGGGUAUGUGAUACCAAUGCUGACUGCAAUGACCAGUCUGAUGAAUCGCCUGAACACUGUGGUUAUAUCGCCCUUCCCCCUGUGACGUGUCCUCCUGAUGAAUUCCAGUGUGACUCUGGUGAAUGCAUUCACAGCAAGUGGCACUGUGAUGGUGAUACAGAUUGCAAAGAUGGAAGUGAUGAAAUCCACUGUGCCCCGCUAACAUGUGGACCAGAUGAUUUCAGCUGUGGUACAGGUGGCUGUGUACCUGGAAUUAAAAUGUGUGAUGGCUUUAAAGACUGUAUUGAUGGCAGUGAUGAAGCCAACUGCAAGAUUGAUCUUUGGGAUGUUUCUUGUCAGCAUGCAAUUGUUCAUCAGCUCAAGGACCCACUUCCGUGUCAGAGGUCCAAACUGCUUGAUCUCCUCUGUGAAAAUAUUGUCCAGGCCGAUGGCUUUGCCAGUCUUGAGGGCUUUGAUGCUGAUAUUGAGCUCUUCAAGGGAGAAUGGCUCAGUCAGUCCGGUGUUUUGGGAGAACUGAAGUCGGUCUGCCUUUGGUCUUGGCUGUUUGGUGGUGGAUUUCCCGUUGAGCAGCAACUGAUAUGCAACUUGGUUGGCCCUGGUGACAUUGAUGAAUGUCAAACUCCUGCAACAUGCAGUCAAAUUUGCAUUAAUUUGGAAGGAAGUUACAAAUGUGAAUGUCAUCAAGGAUAUCGAAUGGAUCCAGCUACUGGGAUUUGCAAAGCAGUUGGGAACGAGCCUUAUUUAAUCUUCGCGACUCACCAUGACAUCCGGAAGCUGGGUCUACGUCACCAGAAGUAUACAGAGUUGGCAGUGCAGCUGAGAAAUGCUGUAGCACUGGAUGCUGACAUUGCAGAACAGAUUAUCUUCUGGGCUGACUUGGAUCAGAAGGCUAUCUUCAGUGCACCCAUCAAUACAUGGGAAAGUGGAGCUGGUGUUUCUUUGGUGGUCAGGAAUAUAGACACCCCCAUGGGGAUUGCUGUGGACUGGGUUUACAAGCAUCUCUUCUGGACUGACCGUGGUACAAAAACAAUAUCUGCUGCUACUUUUAAUGGGAGCAAAAGACUAACCCUCUUCGAUACUGACCUGAAGGAGCCAAGUUCUAUUGCAGUUGAUCCGCUGUCAGGGUUUGUUUACUGGUCAGACUGUGGUGAACCAGCAAAGAUAGAAAAAUCAGGAAUGAAUGGUGGUGAUCGCCAACCUCUGGUUACCAAAGAGAUUCAUUGGCCUAAUAGCAUUGCACUUGAUCUUGUGAAAAGCCGUGUUUACUGGGUUGAUUCCAAACUGCACACAUUGUCCAGCAUUGAUCUGCGUGGUCAGGAUAGAAUCACAGUGCUGCAUUCGCGGGAAUUUCUUGCUCAUCCUUUGGCACUUUCUGUAUUUCAGGAUAAUGUCUUUUGGAUUGAUAGGAAGAAUGAAGCCAUCUAUGAAGCUAACAAGUUCAAUGGACAAGACCUUGUAACGGUGAUCUCUAAGCUGAAUAGACCUCAAGAUCUUAUUGUUUAUCAUGAUUCAAUGCAGCCAUCAGCUAUUGUGACUUGCACCUCAUCUGACUUUGUAUGCCUCAGUGGACAAUGUGUGCCUAACAGAUGGCAAUGUGAUGGUAAAGCUGAUUGUGAGGAUGGAUCUGAUGAAAAUUCAGAGACUUGCCACAAAGAGAUUUGCCAAAUCCAUGAAACCAGCUGUGGCCCUGGAUCUCAUCAAUGCAUUCCUCUUUCUUGGAAAUGCGAUGGAGAAAAGGAUUGUGGUAAUGGCAAUGAUGAGGAGAAUUGUGGUAUUCUUUCUUGCAGUCCAACAGAAUUUAUCUGCUCCGGUGGCCGAUGCAUAUCCAAAGCUUUUGUAUGUAAUGGUGAUGAUGACUGUGGUGAUGGAAGUGAUGAGAAAGGUUGUGCUCCACUUUCCUGUGGCUCGCAUGAAUUUCGCUGCAAUAGUUCAGAAUGUAUCCCAUUGAGUUGGGUAUGUGAUGGCAAUGCUGAUUGUGUUGAUCAGUCUGACGAAUCCCUGGGUCGGUGUGAACACAUCCAUCCUCCUCUGACUUGCUCUCUGAGUGAAUUUAAAUGUGGUUCAGGUGAAUGCAUCCAUACUCAUUGGAUCUGUGAUGGAGAUACCGACUGCAAGGAUGGAAGUGAUGAAAUUAAUUGCCCUCCUCGUACGUGUCGACCAAAUCACUUCAGAUGUGGCGAUGGUGUCUGCAUUCAGAAUCGCAGGAGAUGUAACGGACAAAGGGACUGCCCUGAUGGCAGUGAUGAAACUGGCUGUCAAAGUGAUGUAAAUGAAUGCCUGGUGAACAAAGGUGGCUGUUCUCACAUCUGCAAGGAUCUGGUCAUUGGCUAUGAAUGUGAUUGUCCUGUAGGUUUCAAAUUAAACAAGACAACCUGCAUUGAUGUUGAUGAAUGUGGAGAUCCUGGAAUCUGCAGUCAAAAGUGCAUCAAUUUGGAGGGCAGCUUUGUGUGUGAAUGCCAAAGUGGAUAUCGUACUGAUCCAGUCAAUGGAACUUGCAAAGCUGUAGAUCUACGUUUUGCAGGUGAACAACCUUACUUGGUCUUCACCAAUCGCCAUGAAAUCAGGAUGCUGGGAUUGCGUCACAAAGAGUAUAGACAGGUGCUUGCCCACCUGAGAAACGCUGUGGCACUCGAUGCUGAUGUUGCAGAGAAGAGAAUCUUCUGGGCUGACUUGGGAGAGCAAGCAAUCUUUAGUAUGCUAAUGGGUGGCCACAAAGGAAAAGCUGACUCUUCCAGAAUUGUAAACAACAUUCGUAUUCAUGUGAGGAUUGCAGUGGACUGGAUUUAUAACAACAUAUACUGGACAGACAUGGGUGCUAGAACCAUUUCUGUGGCAAGCUUUGAUGGAAAAAGCAUGAAGACUCUGUUUGACAGCAACUUGAGGGAGCCAGCCUCUGUAGCAGUUGAUCCACUAUCUGGGUAUAUGUAUUGGGCAGACCGGGGUGAACCAGCAGUAAUUGAAAAAGCAGGAAUGAAUGGUAUUGAUCGCAAACUCCUUGUGACCAGAGGCAUUCAGUGGCCAAAUGCCAUUGCAAUUGAUCGUGUGAAAAAUCGACUUUAUUGGGUUGACUCAAAGCUGCACACAUUGUCAAGUGUGAACAUGGUUGGAGAGGAUAGAAGAACUGUGCUUUCUUCACAUGAAUAUCUUGCUCAUCCUUUUGGUGUAUCCAUGUUUGAGGAUGAUAUCUUCUGGACCGACUGGGAGCAUAAUGCUGUAUAUGGAGCUGACAAAUUCACAGGCGAGCAUCUGGUGACUUUAGUCUCCGACUUGAAGGAGGCUCAGGAUAUCAUUGCCUAUCAUGCACUAGCACAACCACCAGGCAAAGAUUGGUGUAAUGAAAACUUGAAGAAUGGAGGAUGCACAUACAUGUGUCUGCCAGCUCCUCGGAUAAACAGUCGCUCUCCAAAGUACACUUGUGUGUGCCCAUUUGGGAUGGAGUUGCAGAAUGAUGGACAGCUUUGCAGAACAGCCAAAGCACAUUGUGCUGCAACAGAAUUCCAAUGUCAAGAUGGGCAAUGUAUACCACGUAGAUGGCAGUGUGAUGGUAACGCUGAUUGUCGUGAUGGAUCUGAUGAAAGUCAUGAAGAUUGUUAUCUGAGAAAUUGUCCCACUAAUGAAAUCAAAUGUGGCCCUGGUUCCCUUCAAUGUAUUCCGGCUUCCUGGAAAUGCAAUGGACUGGUAGACUGCGAUGAUGGUAGUGAUGAAGAAAACUGUGGUCUUAUUACUUGCAGCUCGGGGGAGUUUACUUGCUUGAAUAGCAGAUGUGUCUCAGAGGUGUUUUUAUGCAAUGGUGAAGAUGACUGUGGUGAUGGAAGUGAUGAAAGAGACUGUACUCCACCAAUAUGUGGCCCACAUGAGUUUCAAUGCCUUAAUUCUUCGGAGUGUAUAUCCUCGAGUUGGAUAUGUGACCAGAGUGUUGAUUGUAUUGACCAGUCUGACGAAUCUCCAGCUACCUGUGGUAUUACAGCAGCUCCAGUUGUCACCUGUCCUCCAAAUGAACUCCAGUGUGGUUCGGGUGAAUGUAUCCAUCCACAAUGGUACUGUGAUGGGGAUACUGACUGCAAGGAUGGAAGUGAUGAAGCAAGCUGCCAAAUGAAGACAGAAAAUUGUGCAAAAGUAUUUAUUGCAAAUUGUGUGGUUGUAAUGCAUAAUUGUGAUUUUCCUUUUUCUACAGCUCCUCGAACAUGUCGACCAGAUCACUUUGUGUGCAACGAUGGUGAAUGUAUCGCUGGAAAUAAUGAAUGUAACGGAAUUGCUGAUUGUGCUGAUGGUAGUGAUGAACUCAACUGUAAAAGUAUGGAAUGCAUGGGAUCACUGGACUUCAAGUGUCAGAGUGGUGAAUGCAUAAAUAUUGUGAAAGUCUGUGAUCAACAGCAGGAUUGCAAAGACUGGAGUGAUGAACUCCAGGGAAAAUGUUAUGUGAAUGAAUGCUUAUCAAAUAAUGGAGGGUGUUCUCACAUCUGUCAGGACCUUGUCAUUGGCUAUGAAUGUGACUGCCCUGCUGGUUUCAGAUUGGUUAAUAACACAUGUGAAGGUAAGCUAAACCCAUUGGUUGACUACGACAUGGUGUAUGAAGGGAAGCAAUUAACAGACGUUGAUUUAUUUUUAGAUAUCGACGAAUGUAAAAGUCCUGAAACAUGCAGUCAACUUUGCAUUAACUUGGAAGGAAGCUACAAGUGUGAGUGUCAUAAAGGAUAUCACAUGGAUUCAACUGAUUGGGUUUGCAAGUCAAUGGGGACAGAGCCUUUCCUGAUCUUCACUAAUCGCUAUGAUAUCCGGAAGCUCGGACUACAUCACCAGGAUUACACCCCACUACCUCUGCAUCCAAGAAAUGCCAUGGCACUGGACGCAGAUGUGGCAGAGCAGAGAAUAUUUUGGGCUGACCUGGCACAACAAACAAUUUUCAGUGUGACCUUUGAUAAAUGGGAACACCCAACGCUGGCCUCCAGAAUUAAGGUUCCGGGCUUCCCUGCAGGAAUUGCAGUAGAUUGGAUCUACAAGCAUAUCUAUUGGACUGAUCGAGGUGAAAGGACAAUAUCUGUGGCCACUUUUGAUGGAACCAAAAGGAAGGUUCUUUUUGACACAGACUUGCGGGAGCCAUCAUCUAUAGCAGUUGAUCCAAUAACUGGGUUUGUUUACUGGUCGGACUGUGGGGUACCAGCCCUCAUUGAAAAAGCAGGAAUGGAUGGUGCUGACCGCCAACAAGUUGUUAGCAGAGAGAUUGAGUAUCCAACUGGCAUUACACUUGAUCUUAUAAAAAGUCGCUUGUAUUGGGUUGAUUCAAAGAUGCACAUGUUAUCAAGUGUCGACCUAAACGGUCAGGAUAGAAGAACAGUGCUGUGGUCACUGGAAUUCCUUCUUCAUCCUUCUGCAGUUGCUGCAUUUGAGGAUACUGUCUUCUGGACUGAUGAGGGGACCAAAGCAGUUCAUGAAAUUGAUAAAUAUGGAGGAAAUGAUGUGGUCGUAUUGGCCUCCAACCUUCAUGAACCUCGGGACAUUAUAGUUUACAAUGAACUGUUACAACCACUUGGUAAAAAUUGGUGUGGCAAAAAUAGGAAUGGGGGCUGCGAAUUCAUGUGCCUGCCUUCCUCAUUGUCUAACACAAAGUCGUUGAAAUAUACCUGUGUGUGUCCACUUGGAAAGGAGCUGGAGCCAAAUGGGCAGCGGUGUAGAAUGGCAAAGCAAUAUAAAAGUGUUGCAGAAACAACAACCUUGGUGUCUACCUUAACCUCUACUUCUAAACAACUGCCUUCUAACUUUCAUACAACAAUUACAUUAACUGAAGGUAAAAAUUCAAGUGUUACCCUUGAUGAAGACCACAAACCCAUGAAUGGCUCUGAAAUUGGUUGGAUUGCACUUGCUAUUAUGCUUGUGACUAUGUUUGUUGCAGCUGGCUACAUUAAAUGGCAGGAGUGGCAAAGGAAGAUUCAGCAAAGCAUGAAACUUUGAGAAUCCAGCCUUUCAACGUGAUUGAUUGCACAAGGCAAAUAAAAACAAUUUUUUUACAUGUUUUGUCGGUGUUUACUUGCUGAACGGUUGGUGAAACAUAGUAUGGAUUUUUUUUUAAGUGCAAACUUGGGUUCUUAUUCCACUGGGUUGAAUCUUCAAAACUGAUUUUGAAAGCAGUAGGUAAUUUUGAAAGCAGUACAUGUUUUCAGUUUAUAAAUCGCAUAGACAAUGAUCCUACCAAUUCACACAAAUUGCGCUGACUAAUAUUUCCAAACAGAAUAAAAUUAUAGGUGCCUCAAUCUUUGUCAUUUCUCUUCCAUUCCCACUGACUCUCCCUUUAUCCAAAGUGAGAGGAAGGAAAACUGAACUGAUUCCAAUCAGAUGUACAAUAUAUCUUUUUGGAGUAUGCUUCACUUUGUAUGGCACUCUUAUGGUCACAAGUGGAGAUUGCAUUGUUGGAGGCAAAUUUAAGUUUAAGUUGGCAAGUUUCCUUCCUUUUAAUGAGGUAGGCAUUACUUCCUUGGCCACAGCAUCAAUGACUUUGGACCAGAUCAAAUUGAUAUCCAACUUGGGAUGUUUAACUUUAACCAUAUUUCUGGGGCUCUCUGAGCUGCCGUAUUGAAAUGUAGUUUAUUUGCCUUGAAGAUUCAAUUUCAUUGUCACAUGUACCAAUUAAGGUGCAGUCAAAUUUGAGUUGCCAUACAGCCAUACUAAGUAAAAAGCAAAAAUACACAAGGCACAUAAAAUAAAGUUUAACAUAAACAUCCAACACAGUGGAAUCAACAUCCCUCACUGUGAUGGAAGGCAAUAAAGUUCAGUUAUCUUCCUCCUUGGUUCACCUGUGAUCGGGGCCAUUGUCGACAGUCUGC